CAGCAAUCGCUUGUCCGCUGCUAUAAAAUAUUGGAAAAUGUUUGUACUUGUAAUGUUUGUACUUGUAAUGUUUGGCCAGCUUUAUGAUAGUCUCCCAGGAAACAGGAAAGAGGACUACGAAGGCUCCUCCUGUCCUCCAAGCUUGGAUUUCCCAAUGUAUUUGUCCAAAUUUACACAUUUUCUCUUGGUUGCUGAGAAUGUGUACUGUUUCUAGCUUAUAUCUUGGCUUCAAAAUCUGUUGUGUGUGUGUGUGUGUGUGCUGGCAUUAAUAGGUUUUGUUGCCAGUAGGCCAUCCAAUUUUAAGUUCAGGUGGGUGGUUUAAUCUGAUGGCCAACUUAUAUGAAAUUAUAUCUUAAUAUUAAAUUACUAUGGUCUAAGACAUGGGUGGACCAUAUGAUUUUGAGUUUGGUAAUCUAAUUACCAACAAACACUUUAUAAAUAUGCGUUAUUGCAGCAUGAGUGAAAUGAUGAGCACAUCAAUCUUCUUGCUAACUAAUUAUGGCAAGCCUUCGUUUGCUUGGAUUUCUUGGUACCCUGAUUUGCCUUUCGGUUGCAUGCAGAGCCACCAUGUACACGGUUGGUGAUACCGCUGGUUGGGACAUUAGCUCUGAUCUUGAUUCAUGGGUAACAGGCAAGAGAUUUGUUGCUGGAGAUGUUCUUGCAUUUCAAUAUUCAUCAUCAUCAGACAGUGUAUGCGAGGUGACGAAAAAAGAAUUUGAUGGUUGUGACACCAGCAAUGCUAUACUUAAAAGUACUUCAGGAAACACAACUUUUCCCUUGACAAAGCCAGGCGAGAGGUACUUCGUUUGUUGCAACCGACUUUACUGUCUAGGAGGGAUGAAGCUUCAUGUACACGUUGAACCAAAUUCAACUAAUGCUUCGCCAGUGGCAGCACCUGAAGCAGCACGAAGACCUGCAGGUUUACUCCCAAGAACUUCCAGGAGCACUCAACCUGUUCUUUCUUCCUCGGCUAAGUUCCUUGAAGUUGCAGAUCCUUUCUGCUUAUUUUUACUCGGUUUUCUCGGCUAUCUAAUUCUGGGUGGGGGAAUUAUCUAAGAAGCCUUGUUCAUAAGGGUGGGAUUUAUGAGAAUUAUUUCUGCUUUUCAUUUGACCAGUUAAAAAGUACCUUACGCAUUCUUUGUAAUUCAAACUAUUGAAAUGAAAUAUACUCCUACGCUGUAUUACAUUCUAUGAAUCA